AAAUUACUAAACAUUAUACAGAUUAUUUAAUUAUGUUAUGAUCAAUAGACAAUCGAAUUAUUUCUAUUUAAUUAUCAAAUUGUAUAUAAUCCUGAUGAAAUUUUAACUAGUGAACAUAUAACACGAAUGAUAAAAAAUGUUACACAAAGAGAAUAAUAAUCCAUGACUGAAUAAAAUGGCAUUCAUGUACAAUAUUUGGAUAUGGAGAAAAUAUAAUUCGUUUAUAUUCAUUGUAUUACUUACAGAAAUUUACAUAUAUUUAUGCAAAUAUUAUUAUCCAGAUUUCUUUUAUAUAAAUAUUUUAAAUGGAGUUAAUGGUCAAUUAAAUUUGUGGGUAGAUCGUCAAUUAGUCAUACAAAUUAUUGAAUCAAUGCCACAUAAUCAAAAUAUCGCAGGUAAAUUACGUUGUCCAAGAAGACUACCUGAAAUUCAUAGACAUAUACCUGAACAUUUGUUCCUUGUUUUCAAUGGACUACUUUUACAUGAAGCACUGGAUCGUAUUUCAUUAUCUGCUCAUAGACCUAUCCCUCCACGUAUUGAUAUGUUGCGCGUUAAGUGGAGAGCUGGUUUUGAACGUUUAACAUACAACAUUGAUUUGAAAUCAAUGAAUCACACACUUCUGCAUACUCCACUUCUAAAUAUUGCCAAAUCCGGUUAUAUACCAGCUACUCAGUCAGAUGUACAAAUUUCCUUACCAUGCACUGGAAGAUUUACUGGUAUAGCUCCGUUUCAAGUGAGACUUGAUGUUCAAAGAGAAUUUGAAGGUUUAAGAAAAAUUCCACCGAUUUCUUUUAUCGUAUACAAAUACUGUCUUAGUGCAUCUCAACAAACACGAUUUAUUAUCAAAUGUGAAUGCCGUGCUCAAUGCUUACAAUCAAAUAUCAACAGCCGUAAUUCAAUUCGAAAACGUUGUGCCCGACGUUGCAGAAAACGGUUUGGAUUAAAUAAUUCAAAUCCCAAACAGACCAAAUGAAAAUCAAUAUUCGAAUUCAAAGAACAAAGACAGAUGAAUUGUAGAUAAAUAAUUUUUGUAUUUUGAUAGCUGUCAACAUUACAUAGUAAAUUUUCGAAGUAAAAAUUGUUUAAAGCUAUUACACAUUUAAGUGUUUCCGAAAAACCUGACGUAACAAAGUAUCUGAACAAAUUGGAAAUUAAGUCUAUCAAGAUUUACUUUAGAUAACAUUAUGUCUGAUCUGAAACAAACAUUUUCAGUAAACUAAAAAAUUUAAUAAAUCUUGUACAAUAUUCUGAUAUUUCAAUAACAUAAAUAUAAGGUUUGCAUUUUAAUUGUUAUUUACUUCAUACAAUUAGUUCCUUUUAUUUAAUUAUACUACACUUGACUAAUAAAU